UUUUGUCUUUAGUGAUAACCAUACUGGUGUAUGAUGUGUUUUUUUUAGAAUACUUUGUCUGAUUAAAAUUAGAUUAACUAUAAAUUAUCAUUAAUUAAAACUGACAUUUUGAUAGGCCUUAUAUAGUUGGAUUUUCAAAAAAUGGUUAAGGAAAGUAAAUUUAUAAUGGGGUUUAAGUGUAUGUGCACUUGAAAUAUGCAAUUGAGUUUAGAUCUUUAAAGAGGAUAUAUGUUAUGCUUAAAGCAUGGCAGAGAGAAAGAAGAAACCUAAACCACAGACAGUUGAGAGGUUGGCGGAGUCUGUCCAGUCACUGACAGUGCAGGACAAAAUGGACAGUAGUGGGAAGGAUUUGAUGGCGACUGGUUUCCAGCUACAAAAGAAGUUGCUGAAACGAGAUGUCCUUCACAUACUUGAAAAAGCAGGUCGGAAGGGUGUGGCAAAAAAUGACAUAUGGAAUGUUGUUAAGAAAGAAACUAGACGUAAAGAAAUCAGCGCAAAAUCAUUUGGUGUGAUGAAGAUGAAAGAUUUAAUAGAACUUAAAUGGAAAGAUGAAAUUGAAGUUUACAAUUGUGGUGUAUCCUCUGAGCAGUAUUAUCGUCUACGUCGAAGUCCGACCAGCCAGGGAGCAACAGGAGUCGGUCAUCUGACAGAUAAGGUUGAAGCCAUGGUGGACCUUACAGAUGAAUCACCAAGGAGAGAUAAAGAUAAAGAACCUGAUUUACCAAUACCAAAACAAGCAAUGCCUAAACCAAUCACACCAUUGUCCAUGAAAACCAAACCUGUGCAAGAACCAGACAUGGCCAAGGAUAAAAAACCGAAUGCUAUGCAGUUGAUGUCAACUCUUACAGGUUGGGGGAAACCUGCUUCUGGCGAUUCGCCUGAUUCCAGAGAAAAUAAGGGAAAGCAGAAGAAAAAUAAAAGUAUAUUUUCACAAAAUGUAAUAUCCCUAGUCGAAAGUGAUAAUGAGGAAGACGUUACUGAGGUAGAAGGUGGAAAAGAGCAUGGUAAAAGGGACAGAAAUACAAAUGCAAAGGUGAUAGAUUCUGAUGUAGAAAUCAUUGAAGAAGAUGAUGAUGAUGAUGAUGAUGAUGAGGACGAUGGCUCAAAUCCUAAAGCAGGUCCCUCUAGGCCUGAUGGUCAGUUUUCACGUGGACCAUUAGAAAAGCAGAAGAUGUCAUUUAAUCAAUUUCAAGCUCAAUUCUUAAAUGCCACUCAGCCUAACCAACAGAUUCCUUCACUUUUUUCAUCAUUUUAUAUGAAUCCGGGACUACGACAACAGGCAAACUUUCUUCAGCAGCAACUUCAGCCUCAGAUGCCUCAAGGAUUUCUGGGAAAUGGGUCUGCUCAAUUUUUGGCCACAAAGAUUCCAUGUAGACCAGAGCUGCUUGAUCAAGAUAAACCGGUUUCACAUAAUGUAUGUGCACCUAUAAGAUCUCAAUUUGACAUGGCUGAACCAAAUCUUAGGAAUGAGUUAAUCGAUUUAACCAUAAAACCAGUAGAUAGAACUGAGUUUGAGAAAAAGCAGGUGGAUGUUCGGCCAGUGUACGUGCCACAUGGACAGCGUGUUACAAGAGAGUUUGUUGACAAUAUUGCUAAAGAAUGUAUUGAGGCCCUGGCAGACGCUAAUGAAUCUGUUACACAAGAACGCGUGGAAAAAUUGGUUUGUCAGAGAUUUAAUUGUCAUCACAUUAGAAUGCUUGGUGUCCAGUAUAUUGACCAACUGACAAGCGUUAAUGAGCUAAACAGACUCAGUUCUAAAGUGAACGCGUACAUUCUUGCCUUUGUGAAAUCCAGAGCCAUUUGCACUCUGUUUGAACUCCACGAAGCAAUGAAGGAAUAUGAACCAAACAAGAAAGACUUCAGAGAGAUGAAACUCGGUCCAUUACAAAGACUUCCCGUCGUUUACCAACAGUUCCGAUUUCCACCCGACCAGGCAAACAUUCCAGAAAUCACCAGUAUGGACAUUCUGGACCAGUUUCAGAACUACCUGACCAAGAACAAACUGUGGACGGCAAGGCUGGAGCUCAAGUCGUUUAUGGACUACCUUGUGGAGAUGUACGAGGCCGAUGAUGCUUACAUGCUAGGGGUGAGGAUACGAUCACUACCACUGAUGGCUGCAGUGUUAAAGAAGUCACACAGGGACUGCGCCAACACACGGCGAGAUAUAUCGGAACACUGUAAAACCACACUGAAAAAUGAAAUCGAGGAUGCCUUCAGGAAGUUCCGAGCAUCGAUGUUGAAAUCUGGGGAGGAAGAGGGGAUGGAGGUUCGCACGCACUACCUUAAACUGAGGCCGGACCUCGCGAUUCAGGAAAUCAUGGAGAAGUUCAACCUCCUCCUUAUUACCACCAAGACAGGCCUCCGAACCACGGGCAAAUCAACUAAGGUCAAGAAAGUUGUCGAGGAGUUUCUGAUGACAUUCAAAGGGGAUCAGCUCUUGAAGGACAUCUUUCACUUAGCUAUUUGUAUGAGCAACACAGCGCUUGAGAAAUCCACAUUAGCUCUACUUGCCCCACCCACCCCCGUCAACACAGAGGGCUCUGAGGCCAAGCAAAGUAAACCGCCACCAAGGAAAGACUCCCUAGUUGAAGCCCUCAAGAAGUACAUAGAGCGAUGUCUGAAUGCGGGUGCCCUUAGUCUUGUACACUUGGACAGAAUAGAGGAGAAACUGCUAGAGGAUUUUGCCUUUCCCCACUUUCAACAGAUGGGGAACGGGCGAUUCCUUGAGUUUGUGCUGGCAGAAUUUAGACAGAUGUUGGAGGAAGGUGGAGGGCUGGUUAUGGGCUCUAGUGGUGGGCAGACAGAUGGUGAUGUGUCAUUCAAACCCCACCAAGCUGACCUUGUAGAGUUCAUCAGACAGUGCAAGCAGGCUGGCAUCCUCCAGGCUGAGUCCAUAGAGGAUGCUCUGUGUCGGCAGUUUGGUGUGAAGGAUGUGCGACAUCUUGGGCAUGGAAACAUCACACGCUUGCUGAGUUUUGCAGAGAAACACGCGUCCGGACGGUUCUCGUACGGAGAUGUUACAGUUGUGUAUGAGGCUACACUAGCUCCACAGGCUGGCCUCUCAACCAGCAGUUUGUCCAAGGUUGGCAUACUUGGACACCAGACAAGAGAAGCGGCCAAGAUCUGCCUACACAACUGCCCCUUGCUGGAGGAUUUAGCUGCCUGGAGUCAGUGGUCUAUGGUUUUUGAACCCGAGCUUGGCAAGCUGAAGGAUUUUGUUCAGAAAUAUGGAGGGGUGACAAACAAAUCAUUGGAAGGGGGAAGAACAGCUGCCUUUGACUUCAUUGCGAUGGAGAUAGAACCAGGUCACCUGAUCAAAAUUGCUUCCAUGACGUCACCGGAGCACUUUGCCUCAGCCCUGGAGAGACGGGACGUCGUGGGUGUUGCAGGGCACCUAGUGUCCAUGUCGGUCGCCUAUAAAGGGGUUAAGAACAUGCCUCUUGCCCUGCUUACUGGCCACAUGAAGACUGCGCUGCUGCAGAUAUAUGCAAAUGAGAAUCAUGACAGUGAUAUGUCAGGUGAAAGCCAUCACAUAGCAGCCAUGUUUGCCCUCCAGUGUCUGCUGCGAUGUCCUACAAGGAUUGCCCUGGCCCUGUGUAACCAGGUGUUCCUGGAGCCCCUCGGGCAGGUCAUGGGAGCCACCAAGUGUAAACAGGUUUUGCCGGGUCUGUGUACAUCAGUCAGUGACCAGACCAGGUUGUCCCAGCUGGGUUGUCUGCUGGGAAUCCAGGAGUGGGCGGGGCUGGUCACAGAAAAGUGCAUACUGCCGGAAUCUGCGAUACAACAGCCGCAGUCUGAACUUGUGGACUUAGUAGGAGGGGAGGAUGAAAAGCAGUCUGUACAAGAAGAGGAGGAGGAUGAAGAAGAUGAAGAGACCUUUGAAAUGUAUGAAGUGUCUGACUCUGAAGAUGUGGAUGAAAUCCUUGCAGGUGACCUUGAAACCAAGGACACAGAAGAGGGGAAGGUCAAACCUGGUGACCUGGAUGAAGAAGAAAAGGUGGAAGGAAUGAAGGAUCUCAAAGAUGAAACAGACAAAGAUGGCGACACAUUGAUGGAUGAGGCUGAAAAAGGUGGCUCUGACAAACCUCGCAGUACAUGUGAAGAAAUUAUUCACACCAUACAGAAAGAAGAGUUUGGCGUUGGUGUUCAUCUCCAUGAAGAUGGUGAGAGAUUGAUGAAGGUUCAACAAGAUCGUUUGGGUCGCAGUUUGGACCGACUGUCGAAGGACUUGUACAGCAAGGACACACACUUUGUGUUAGAACUUGUACAAAAUGCAGACGACAACAGUUACCCUGACGACCUGGUCAGUAGCCGUGAAGGCUGCCCCGCAGUAAAGUUUGUGAUUGACGAUGCUGGGAUUAGCGUGUGUAAUAACGAGUGUGGUUUUGGGGAGAAAAAUAUCCGUGCAUUGUGCGAUGUUGGACGUAGUACGAAGGGCAAGCAUAAGUUUGGAUAUAUAGGUCAGAAAGGUAUCGGGUUCAAGUCUGUGUUCCGCGUGACCGAUGCCCCAGAGGUUCAUUCUAAUGGCUUCCACAUCCGUUUUGACGUUAAGAGCGGGCCGAUGGGAUACAUUCUGCCCCACUGGAUUCCCGAGGAGGAACAUGUGACACAUGAUGAAUGGAUGACCCACAUUAUCCUGAAAUUGAAACCGGACAUGCGUCUUCAGACACGCACCCUGGCUGCGAGAUUCAAUGACAUUCACCCCUCGUUACUAUUGUUUCUGCACAGGUUGAGGAAAAUCACUAUUGAAAACAAGGUAGAGAAUGCUGUUCAGUCUAUGCGUCGCAGAGAUGUCGGAAACAAUAUAGUCGAGAUAGAGCACAGCGGUGGCAUGGAGCGAUGGCUGGUUGUGAAAAAGACACUCGACGCCAGUAAGAUCUCUCUCCAGGCCAAGUCAGGCGCAGAAGUUGAGUCAACAGAGAUAGCCCUCGCCUUCCCGCUAAGGCCUCAGGGACCAAAAGCUGCUCUACAGAUGAUGCCACCAAAACAGCCAGUGUUUGCUUUUUUACCUCUAAGAAGUUAUGGAUUCAGAUUCAUCGUUCAAGGUGAUUUUGAUGUUCCAUCAAGCAGAGAGGAUGUUGACCGGGACAGCUCCUGGAAUCAAUGGCUAAGAAAUGAAAUACACUCCAUAUUCAUAGAGUCCUUGGACACUUUCAAGGCCCACAAAGGUUACAGCGGCCUCGAAGCGGUGUGUGCGUACCUGCAGUUUGUACCUAUGGAAGACGAAGUUCUUGACUUUUUCAAGCCCGUCUCGGCAGACAUCCUGAAGAAGCUGAAGGCCCGGCCCUGUAUUCCCACACAGCCUGACAACCAAGGAGUGGUCGACUGGAAAAUGCCCUCUCAGACAGUCCGAGUACGAGAUUCCCUUGUGCGAAGUGUCAUCACACCAGAACUUCUAAAGACCCACCUGAACCUCUAUUAUGUGAACGAUGAGGUGGCGGCCAUCUUGAAUCCUGCACUCACUUCCUGUCUCGGCAUUGAGACUCUCACUUCAGAACACCUGUUCCAGCUUGGGAAAGCACUCAUUGUUUCCAUGGGAUCUAAUUGUGGUUCAGAUGAAGACAUACAGCUGAUAUCACGCUGGCUGGCGUGCAUGUACCGAAGCCUGGAUGACCUUCAGGAGAAUGAGGCUAUCCUCACAAAGCUGAAGACCCAUCGUCUCCUGCCCCUCUCGGACGGCCAGCUGAUAUCCCUACAGGACAAGACGGUCUUCUACCCCAUACCCCAGACUAGAGGAAGCCAGAAGAAGUCUGGCAAAGACCCACUGCACUACCUGCGUACAGAUGUGAGCAGCUUGCAUCCGGGCCUUCUGUCGACAGGGGAUAAUGAAGUGAACAGUCAGGUUCAGAAACUCUUGCUCAGACUUGGAAUAAAACAGUUGUCCCCCUUUGACAUCAUCAACCACCACAUUAUCCCCGUCUUCAAGUCUGGGGAAUGGGAGAAAAAGUCAACAGAGACACUGGUCUCCUACCUUGUAUACAUCAAAGAGGAAACUGAGAAGCAGGCAUCUGUCUGUAACCUUAGUGAGGUCAAGGAUGUUGCCGUGGUGAUGACUAAUCAGGGGAGAAAACUCCUGAACAGGGAACCAGUCCAUUUUCCCACUGACUAUGGGAACCAGCUGGACCUACAGGUUCUCUUUUCAGGUUACAACUGGACUCUCCUGUCUGACGUCUAUCUCCCUGCUACCAUGACCAAGAGCGUACAGAUGAGCUGGCACCACUUCUUCUCCAAGCUCGGGGUGGAAGAUGCAUUCUCUGUUAGAAAACGGGAGGUUCUCAUCAAGAGGAAAGAUUUGCCUUCAUCCCUAUGGAACAGUCACAGCCAGUUCUGGCCCCAAGAUGAGGAUGAAUACAUAGUGAGGGACUUCUUUUCUGUGGAGCUUGAUGGUCUUAUUAGGCAGGAUGUCAAUAUGGAGGAAACACAAGAUCAGUCUAUGUUUUUGCAUCAGAUGAGAAAUCUGUGUAUGUACCUGGAUAGGCACUUUGCUCAGCAAUUCUUGCCAUUUACUUCUAGAACACAAGUCGUUAGUAAGGAUGGGAAAGAAUUAAAGGAAACGGAUACAUCAAUCAGUAUUCUGUUGAAAUCGUUUCCAUGGUUACCAGCUAUUGAGACGAUGGACACUGUUGAUUUAGAUGGUGCAGUUAGGAAAGAAACAAAAAGACUGUUGAAAGAGCCUGCAAGUCUAUAUCUAAGGUCAAAUAAAGUAGAGACACUGUUAUCAGACAAGGUGUUAUAUUUGGACAUGCAGAUGAAUUGUACUUCUCUCAUCCAGUUCCUUGGUCUAAAGAACGUAGUUCAAACUGAGGUUGUCAAGGAAUACCUGUUGAAAUGGGGCGAAAGGGAAAAAGCUGAUGUUCCGAAGGAGUUUUGUACAUCAUUAGACCACAUGAAGAAUGUGUAUCAGUAUUUGAGUGAUGAGAUGAAACGACAUGAGUUUCAGGAACUGUUGAGAGAGCAAGCAGUGAUUUUUGUUCCGAAUAAAGGCACUUGGGGCACCCAUGAUAGUGCAAUGGAGGUGGCUGGAAAGAUGUUGAAGAGAGAUGAAGUUUGGCUAACUGACAAGACGAGCUUGUUUGACAAGCAUGGAUCACUGCUGGAGGAAUUUCAUUCCGAUAUUUGCCGAAAAAGAACUAUCAUUGGUUAUUAUUUGGAACCAAACGAGGUUUGGGACCUCUUCAGAGUUGAAGCUAAAGUUGAUGCUCAGCCAAAGGUCGAAGAGUAUAUAGAGCUAUUGGUGCUGAUGUGUACCACAGGGACACCUAAAGACACCAGACUUUUGACUGAUGUGUUGAUCAUAAUGACCACAAUUGGUCAGGCUCUGGUGACGAGACCUGAAGGAAUGCCUGAUGUAAAGACGGCUGAUAUGGUACUGGAAGGUCUAAAGUCUACUGUGAAGAAAAAACUGAACACGGAAAAGGUAUUUCCUACGAAGGCACAUAAGUGGGUCAGUGUAUCAGACAGGCCGCUGAUUGCAGAUAAUCGUGACUUUGAGGAAAUGUUUGCGUGCAAGGAGAACGUUCACUUCCUUGACGUGAAAGACAAGACCAAAAAUAGGGCCAAGCUGAAGGCAACAUCGGCAACCAAAUCCAUUGAACUCCAGAUAAAUUGGGAGUACAUCAUGGUUGUCAUGGAGACCUGUGGAAUACGUAAAUUGAGCGAUAGUGUCGACAUCAAAACGACUCCGGAAAUGAUCGAACCCUGUCCAGAUUUACAACACUACUUCCAUAAUGUAGUGCCCCAUGUCCAGCAGUUCCUGAUGGCGAGAUUUGAAGAUGUAUAUGCCCAGCUGGAGCAGACAGGUACCCGACAAAUGUUGGCAGAGGCUAGCUUUUAUAUGACCAAGAAGCUGGAAGUAACCUACUGGUUGAUGGGUCUUCGGGAAGAAAUCCACGUCGUCAAGGAGGAAAAAUGUGCCAUUACCCCACCCACCUUUUAUUUCCACAAGGACCAUCUGUCCUCGACACCUGAUAUCAAUCGGGAGAUUGCUCGAUUUUUCAGUCACGGGAAUAAUGACUGCAACAAUGUACUCAGGAGUUUCCUUUCUGAACUAUCCACCAUUAUAUCCGGCCAUACAGAUGAGAGCCCUGAGCACCUGCUUGGCCGCCAUGAUGCUGGAGACAUUGAUGUGCCUGAAGGGGAAUUAUGGGCAGUGUCUGCACCAGUUAUGCCGGAGCCCGAACCGGAACCAGAACCUGAGCCAGAGGAACAAAUGGGAUUUGAGGUCGAGGAGCAGAAGCAAGCCGAUGCGCUCCAAGGCGGGUCACAUGUCAUGAGGGCAUGGCCCCCAGUAAUGGAACAUGUAAACAGGGAUAGGCAGGUAUUAGAAAAGUCAGAUGAGAAGUCUAGUAUCUGGCCACCUCCUCAGGCCAAAGACUACAUGAGGUCAAUGAGAGAACUACCCAGUAGCGUGAGAGUGGUUGCCAAGUCUGAACAGGGGGAGGAGGAUGGAACAGCCAAGGGAGGUCAUUCUAAUCAGACUGAUAUGCAGGGAGGGAACUCUCAGAGGGAAAAUUUGGAUAACCAAGAUGGCCACCCUCAAGGAAGACUGAACAGAGAUGGUGGUGCAGCGAACUCUGAGGGUGGAAUUAGUAUGGGCACCAAUACAGGGACUGUUGGAGGACACUCGACAGUGGCUGUGGCACAUACAACUGGCACCAGUGGUUCAGAUGGAGUGGGCUACUCAAACAACCAAUCAGCUGUGGCCGUACAAGGCUCCGUAGCAUCACCUGUAGAUGGUGAUAUCCAUCGUAAAAGGAAGUACUCAGAAGAUGAUCAAGCCCAGCAAAGCAAACGUCAUUCCGGAGACCAUGAUGGUGAAGCCCCACAAAACGAAGCAGGACAACAAGGCCAUCCAUCAUACCGAUAUCCAAAACAAACUCACCAUGGGGGACAUGAUGGUAUCCACCAGUUUUCUGCUCACAAGAAAGGUGAUCCUAUAUGGUCAUACAUGGUGACAGACUACACUUAUGAUGAACUUGGCAGUGGAAGUGACCUUCAGUUGCCAAUGACCUUGGCCUUGGAUGAAUCAAGGUCAGAUGACAGUACGGUGGGGAAGUGGGGUGAGGAAUUCAUAGACAAGUAUUUAUCCAAGCAGAAGGCUCUGGGAAAUAUCCUAGAUUACGAGUGGAAAAAUUCAGAAGAUGAAACUGGGUCACCAUAUGACUUCAUGGUGACCUUUGGAGAUGAAAACGGUUACCAUAGUGACUAUAUUGAGGUAAAAAGUACAAAGUCUAGCGAGAAAGGGGUGUUUGAGAUAUCUGUUCAGCAGAUCAAGUUUGCUGAAGAGAAGAAGGAUAAAUUUCAUAUUUUCCGUGUGUUCAAUGCAGGAAAUAAUGAGAAGGUGCGCCUUAUUCGGAUUUAUGACCUAAAUAUGAGGUUGUCACAGAAACAAGUGAAGUUGUGUAUGCUGAUUUAGAGAAUAGGUUUGUAAGUGUAGGAUAUGCAAACUUUGAUUGACUUAUUACAUACAUUAAGACUUGCCAUAUUAUGUCCUCAUGCCAUUUACAUUGUAUGUGUUAAGAAUUACAGUAUUUUGACAGUUUACAUGUGUAGUACAAAUCUGUAGUUUGAUAGUCAAGUGCUUCAUUUGGAUUGAGUAAAUUUUGAAUGUAAAGCAUUUCACGUGUAGAAUUUUGAAUGUCAAUCAUUUCAUUCACAUGUAGUUUUUUUAAUUAGUGUUGGAAAUCGGACAGAAAAAAUACUAUCGAUAAUCUGUUUAUGAAACCGAUCAAUGAUUGAUUAUUAAUCAAUUUUUUUAUCUUUGGUCAUCAUAUUUAAGGCAUACAGAUACAGUACAUGCACCACUAUUCCCUUACAAUAUUGUUUGUACACAUCUUUGUAUAAAUUACAUUAUUUAUUCAGAACGCACCAUUCUUUUAGUGUGUACAAGUUACUAUUACAGAACAUGAGACCACAGGCUCUAUUUUUUGUCUUACAUUUAGUAUUGUAUACAUGUGUAAAAUAAACACAGAGAAUGAUAUCAAUUUCUUUUAAAAAUCAGUCUGUAACAAAUAUAACAAGCAGGUGAAUAUUCUGUAUGUUUAACAAUAACAUUUUCUUUCAGAAAACUGAGAAAACUAAAUUUUUACAUGGUAAAGAGUAAACGGUAACAUGAUUUAAAAAUCACUUUUAUACCACAAGCAAGAAAAGUUGAGAACCAAUCCUUUAGCUGUUUAAGUACAAAGAAAACUUGUAAUAAGGUACUGUAGUGACUUACUGACUUGAUAAAAAUAUGACUAGAUAACUUAACAUAGUAACACCUUAACAUUUCAACAUUAACUGGCAUUAUCCACAAAAAGAAAAUUAGUUGGCAGCGGUUACAUCCCUUGUUUCUAUAAACCAUUGUUUGAACUUCACUAUCGAUUGUCGCUGACGUAGGCCUUUCCGAUCAAGUGUCGAUUAUAAGCGAUCAUCAGCACAACACUAUUUUUAAUUUCAUGUGUAGUAUUUUGAAUGUCAAUCAUUUCAUGUGUUGUAUUUUGAAUGGCAAUCAUUACAUGCGUGGAAUUUUGAAUAUCAAAUCAAUUAGUUCAUGCGUAGUAUUUUGAAUGGCAAUCAUUUCAUGUGUAGUAUUUUGAAUGUCGAUCAUUUCAUGUGUUACAGUAUUUUAAAUGUCAAUCAUUUCAUAUGCUACAAUAUUUUGAAUUGCAUUUUUUUCAUGUGUAGUAUUUUGAAUGUCAAUCAUUCCAUGUGUAGUAUUUUGAAUGGCAUUCAUUUCAUGUGUAGUAUUUUGAAUGUCAGUCAUUUCAUGUGUAGUAUUUUGAAUGUCAGUCAUUUCAUGUGUAGUAUUUUGAAUGUCAGUCAUUUCAUGUGUAGUAUUUUGAAUGGCAUUCAUUUCAUGUGUAGUAUUUUGAAUGUCAAUCAUUCCAUGUGUAGUAUUUUGAAUGGCAUUCAUUUCAUGUGUAGUAUUUUGAAUGGCAUUCAUUUCAUGUGUAAUAUUUUGAAUGUCACACUUUGCACUGUUACAAUAGUUAAUCUACUUUUUUACCUUUUAUAUUUUGUUUGCUAUUAUUGUAUGUGCUUGUUGAUACUCGUUAUGUUGAUUUCUACAUUGUUUUUUGUUAUCCAUCUUCAGCAGAAUUUAUUUUAUUGAGUUUAAUCAGUUAAUGUUUCAUUGUCAUUUUAAAAGGGAUGGAAUAUGAGUAUCUCCGACAGUCAACUUUAAGUUUUUCAUAAAUGUAUAUGUAUCAAUUGGUCUUAUAAAUUUGAUCAUAACUGUUGGAAUUGUUUAUGUAAUUGUUCAUGGUGAUAAUCAAAGUAAUUUCUUACAAGAUGCUUUUCUUUGGGAAUCAUUGUGCCACAGCUGGGACCAAUAAUCCUACUCCCAGGACACAGUUUUGUUUUGAUGAUAAAAUUAUAUCACUUGAUCAUUCAGUUAUUUUGACCUAAUGAUCAUACCGAUCAUUCACUUGGUAUAGAAUGUCUUAUAUUUUUGAACAUGUGUGUAAGUCUGAAACUGUUGUUGUACUUGUUAAUACAAAGGUAAUGUUUCAAAUUUUGUAUUUUUUUGUGAAAUAAAUUAAGCAAAUAGUA